AUCUUCCAUCCAUCCAUCAUUUUUUUUUACCGGUUAUUCCCAUUAAAAAGUAUAUCGACACUUUUAUUUUGUAAAUCCGGAUGUUGUUGGCGGAAGAAGAUACGACUCAAAAACGUCGUGCGUGUCGUCCUAUCGUCAGGAUGAAGCUUCGUGUUCGCAUCUACAAGCAGACCAACAAAGUGGACUUGUUUGGACCCGAGUCCACUAUUAAGGACCUGACGGAACACAUCCAGAACGUCCUGCUGCCCUCCCACGGCCUCAGCCAGGACGUGGUGUUCGGUCUUUCCCUGAGUGGCGCCGAGCUCCUAUCUGACACGAGUCAGACGCUGUCAUCUUGCGGCGUGGUCCCUGGAGACCUCAUCCGUGUGUUGCUUCCGGUCGCCGUGAACGCCUCCCUCGAGAACGGUGACGCAGCCUGGAUGCCCCUGGCCGAACCCACCGCCAUGACCUCCAGCGGGUCCUGUAGGCCUGCAACUCCUGACCCAUCAGAGCCAUCGGGCUCCUGUGGCCCCCGAGCGCCUCCUGUCCUCAGCUGGGAGCCGAUGCUGUGUGGCGAGGCCGGCGAAGGCCAAGCGCCGCGGUCUCUGGAACUGCUCUAUCACAACGCCUGUGUGACGAGUCCCAGCGACGCCAUCAUGGUGGCUGCCCACCUCUUGAUGCUGGAGACGGGUUUCACGCCGCAGGGCAGUGAGGUGAAGUCCGCUCAGAUGCCGUUUGAAUGGCGGUCGGAGGGUGGAGCCUACAGACUUCAGUACACGCACCCGCUGUGUGAAAGGGGCGUGGUCACCGUGGUGGCGGUGCGCAUGAGCCCUGUGCUCGUAAUCGAAGCCAUUCUGCAGGUGGCCGACAGCGCCAGCAUGGCAGCUAAGGUGUGCGUGGACCCCUCCAGCUAUGUGACGGAGGCGUGGCCAGGGGCAAGCGCAGCAGCCGCCUUUACGGCUCUGAGUCGACUGUCGCGAGUCUUCAAAGACCAGCUGGUGUACCCGCUGAUCGCCGCUACACGCGAAGCUUUGUCUCUGCCCGUGGCGUUCGGCUUGGCGGCGCUCCCUCCCGAGCUCCUCCUGCUGGUGCUGCGCCUGCUGGACGUGCGGUCGCUGGUGAGACUGUCGGCCGUCUGCAAGUACCUGCAAGCCUCCACCGACGACCCGGCGCUCUGGAGAAACCUUGUUCGACGCGACUUCAGCGAUCACAACUGGCAGGGAGAAACCAACUGGAAGGAGCUCUACAAAAGUUUCUACAAGUUCCGUCACAAACCAGGAUGUGUGGACCGGCCCUGCUCCCUCCCUCUCAUUCAUCGCCAAAUCUUCAGCCCUGUCCCCCCUCCAUACUCGCCACUGCCCGGCAUCAUCGGUGGCGUAUACGACCAGAGACCCGCCAUCCCCUACGGCGUGCUGCCCACACCUCGCUACGACCCGAUCGGUCCACCCCUCCAUGGCCCGCUGCACAGCGAGCGGCGGCGGCGACGCAGCGACCCCCGGCCACCGCCAGGAAGCGUGCGGCCCGCCGACGUCAGACGAGGCUUCAUCUGACCGAGCCUGGCCUUGUGUAACAGCGGCCGAUGGUUGUUUGCAAGACAGCAAACCAUGGCGGCUCCUCAACGUGACGAGAUGCUCAUAGCAACGCUUCACACAGCGGCGCCACGGCCGUGUGGUUGAUGGCGAGCUGCUGACAUCAUCUUGAUGAUCCCUUGCAUCGUCAGCAUGCUGACGUUAAAAAGCACUUUGUCAGCAAAUGUUGCUUCUUUUUUUUCAAGAAUGACAAUGCUUUGUGCCUUAUGUUAUUAAACUUUAAACAUUUCACUUGAAAUAGUUCAACUCAUCCUCAACCUAAUUCUGUAAGUUUACAUCUUGAUUUCAAUCACUUUAAUUUAUGAUGUCGGGUAAAAGUAAUAUAUCUUUGAAAACCAUUUAUUUGUUGGGCUGAAAGGUUGAUUUGGUAGAGCGGCCGUGCCAGCAACUUGAGAGUUCCAGGUUCGAGUCCCAAUUCCACCACAAUGGUCACAGCUUUUGUGCCCUUGGACAAAACACUUUACCCACCUGCUUCCAGUGCCACCCACAUUGGUUCCCACCUGCCUACAGUGUCACCCACACUGGUUCUCAUCUGACUCCAGAGUCACCCACACUGGUUCCCACACUGGGUGCCACCCACACUGGGUGCCACUUACUCCCAGUGCCAUCCACACGGGUUCCCACCUGCUCCCAGUGCUACCCACACUGCUUCCCACCUGCCUCCAGUUCCACCCACACUGCUUCCCACCUGCUCCCAUCGCCACCCACAAGGUUUCCCACCUGCUCCCAGUGCCACUUACACUGGUUCCCACCCGCCUCCAGGUCCACCCACAUUGGUUCCCAACAGCUCCUGGUGCCACCCACACGGGUUCCCACCUGCUUCCAAUGCCAGUGCGCCACCUGCUCCCAGUGCCACCCACACGGGUUCGCACCCGCUCCCAGUGCCACCCAUACAGGUUCCCACCUGCUUCCAAUGCCAGUGCGCCACCUGCUCCCAGUGCCACCCACACGGGUUCGCACCCGCUCCCAGUGCCACCGACAUGGGUUCCCACCCACUCCCAGUGCCACCCAUACAGGUUCCCACCUGCUUCCAAUGCCAGUGCGCCACCUGCUCCCAGUGCCACCCACACGGGUUCGCACCCGCUCCCAGUGCCACCGACAUGGGUUCCCACCCGCUCCCAGUGCCACCCAUACAGGUUCCCACCUGCUUCCAAUGCCAGUGCGCCACCUGCUCCCAGUGCCACACACACGGGUUCCUACCCGCCCCAAGUGCCAUACACACGGGUUCCCACCUGCUCCCAGUCCCACCCAUACAGGUUUCCACCUGCUUCCAAUGCCAGUGUGCCACCUGCUUCCAGUACCACACACACGGGUUCCUACCGGCCCCAAGUGCCACCCACACAGGUUCCACCUUCCCCCAGUGCCACCCACAUGGGUUCCCACCCGCUGACAGUGCCACACAUACAGGUCACCACCUGCUUCCAAUGCCUGUGUGCCACCUGCUCCCAGUGCCACACACGGGUUCCCACCUGCUCCCAGUACCACCCAUACAGGUUCCCACAUGCUUCCAAUGCCAGUGUGCCACCUGCUCCCAGUACCACACACACUGGUUCCUACACGCCCCCAGUGCCACCCACACUGGUUACCACCUUCCCCCAGUGCCACCCACACGGGUUCCCACCCGCUCCCAGUGCCACCCAUACAGGUUCCCACCUGCUUCCAAUGCCAGUGUGCCACCUUCUCCCAGUGCCACACACACGGGUUCCCACCCGCUUCCAGUUCCACCCACACGGAUUCCCACCCGCUUCCAGUGUCACCCACACGGGUUCCCACCCGCUCCUAGUGCCACCCAUACAGGUUCCCAACUGCUUCCAAUGCCAGGGUGCCACCCACACUUUAAAUGUCACUAAGAUAAUGGGUUUCAAUAUGUAAAGUGUUUUAAGUCACUAGAGAAAAGCGCUAUACAAAUAUAAUAAACUUCACUUUACAUGACGUGUAUGUACGUUUACAAA